GAGGCGGCUCGGGGGCGGUGCCGGAACUGAGGGCUGUCUCCGGAGGGGCGGGCCAUCCGGCGGAGAGGGGGCGCUGGGGCUCGGUACGCGCAGGGCGUCCGGAGCAGCAUGGCGGAAGACGAGAGCGACCAGGAGUCGGAGCGGCUGGGCGAAGAGCUCGAGGCCUUGGCCGGGCCCGCCUUCCCCGCCGGCUUCUCCGCCUCCCUCAGCAGCCAGUACUACUGCUACCGCUUCUGCCAGGUUGUUGAAGACUAUGCUGGAAGAUGGCAGGUUCCUCUGCCACAGCUCCAAGUGCUCCAGACAGCACUCUGUUGUUUCACAUCCGCAUGCAUAUCAUUUCCAGCCGAAUGUGAGCAUGUGCAGUAUGUGUUGAGUAGCCUAGCUUUGAGUUUUUUUGAAUUGCUGCUGUUCUUUGGAAAGGAUGAAUUCUAUGAAGAUCCUCUAAAAGACAUACUAGGUUCUAUACAGGAAUGUCAGAACCUCUUGAGCAGAUAUGGAAGUGUUAACUUGGAGUUGGUGACUCGAAUUAUCAGAGAUGGAGGGCCUUGGGAGGAUCCUGUUUUACAAGCUGUUCUUAAAGCAAAGCCCGUUUCUCAGGAGAUAGUUAACAAAUAUUUAAGCUCUGAAAAUCCAGUGUUCUUUGAAUUACGUGCCAGAUACCUCAUUGCCUGUGAGCGCAUCCCAGAGGCAAUGGCUCUUAUCAAAUCUUGCAUGAAUCAUCCUGAUAUUAGCAAAGACCUUUACUUCCAUCAAGCAUACUUCACAUGUCUUUAUAUGUCACCAUUGGAAGAUCAGCUGUUUCAAGAGCACCUGCUGCGGACUGAUUGCAAGAAUGGCAUUGAAAUCAUCUGCAACAUUGCAAAAGAAGGGAAGACUGCCUUAGCUCUAUAUCUUUGUGAAUCAUUUCUUAUUCCACAGCUCAAAAAAGGAGAAAUGUAUUGCAUCUGGGAGUUGAUCUUUAUUUGGAGUAAACUUCAGCUUAAAUCUAAUCCAUCGAAGCAAGUAUUUGUAGAUCAAUGCUACCAUCUUCUGAGGAUAGCUACAAACAUACGAGUUAUUUUCCCUUUCAUGAAAGUCAUUAGGGAUGAAGUUGGAAAGGAAGGCCUGCAGAUUUCUGUCGAAAUUUGUGGAAGUGCUCUCCAACUGGAUCUUCGUGAUGAUCCCAGAAUGAAGUGUUUGAUAUACAAAACCAUUGCUCACUUUUUGCCAAAUGACUUGGAGAUUGUCCGAAUAUGUGCUCUUUCUAUCUUUUUUCUUGAGCGCACCUUGGAGUCAUAUAACACUGUUGAACGAUUAUACAAAUAUGCGGAUGAAGAAUACAAUGAUCAAACCAGUUCUGUUCAGAAUCGUGUACGUUUUGAGUUGCUUCCAAUUUUGAAAAAGGGGUUGUUUUUUGAUCCUGAGUUUUGGAAUUUCUUGAUGAUCAAACAGAAUUGCUUAGCACUAUUAAAAGAAAAGGCAUCAGUAGAAAAGAAUGAAAAUACACUGAAGCAUUCAGCAAAUGCACCAAAGACGCGGCAAGCAUCACGAGGUGAACAUGCCUGUAUAGCUGAUGUAAACAAUGGAGAAAUGGGCCAUGAGGAUCCUUGUGGAGUACAACUUAAAUGCCACAGUAAUUUGAAGAAGAACCAUUUAGCCCUUGGUUCAUCUAAAAUUGAUCACAAUGUACCCAGGCAUCGUUGUGUGCUAUGUAACAAGGAAUUUCUUGGUGGUCAUAUUGUGAGGCAUGCACAAGCUCAUCAAAAAAAAGGCAGUUUUUCAUGUGUAAUGUGUCGCAGGAGGUUCAGGCAAAAAGGACUCAUGCUUAAGCACUUGAAGAAUCACAUCAAGAAAUUGACAAGGCAUCAUCUUGCUGCUACUUGUCAUGAUCAGGAAAGCAGUCAUGUAAAAGAAAUAAACUGUUCUGAUGCAGAUGUUUCUCCUGAAAAUGGGGACUUGGAUACCUCUGAAGUAAACAGUGUAGAGGUAGUCAUUCCAGCUGCUGAUCAGGAGAUGCAGAAUUCUGAACCCAUGUUGGAUGUAACUGAAAAUCACGUUAGUUGCCAGGAUAUUAAUGUUAUUAAAAAUGGUGGUUGUGAAACUACAGAAGAAUUGCCAGAAAGUGAUAGCAACCUGAAUAAAGAUUUCCCUAUACCUCCUAAAGUAAAUGGCGUGCUAUGCUCUCAAAAUGACUGGGACAUUAUGGACCAAGCAGGUAACUUCAAGUGUCCAGCCAGUGGAUGUAUUCGAGUUUUUAAAAAGAUUGGGUUUCUGAAUAAACAUGCACGAAAAGCUCAUCCCACUGAUCUGAAAGUGCAAGAGCACAUAAUGAAGUGGAAUAAGGGAAAAUGUCGGUUUUGUCAGAGAAAAUUCUCAGAUUCUCAGCAUUUUAUUGAUCAUCUAAAGCAACAUGUUUAUCCAAAUGUAUACUAUUGUUUACAUUUUAACUGUAAUCAGAGAUUUAAGCUAUCCACCGAGCUUGCAGAGCAUAUUAAAAUUCACAGUGAAUUUAAAGCUCAGUGUAACUUUGCAGAGUGUGGUCAGCUUUUUGAUGAUGUUUCAUUGUUAUAUGAGCAUGAGUCUCAACAUUAUUCAGAUAAAAUCACUGUAACUAAUUCUGAAGAAAUCCAUGAUAAUAAUUCUUCAGAUACAGUUUUAGAAUCCCAUCUUGUUCCCAUCCAGGAACAGGAAAGUAGUAGUAAUGAAAAGGAUACUCCAAUAGAUGCACCAGUUCCAACUUGGAAAGCAAGGAAAGAUUCUACAGAACCAAAGACUUACAUCCAGAGCGAGAAAAAAAUAAACAUUUUAAUUCAGAAUGGGAAUGAAAAUACAUGUGAUGAUACUCCUGCAGUUGUUAACUUGAUAGACCAAACAAUACCUGAAGUAGAGCCACAUUUGGAUAACUGUCAAGUUAGUGAUCAACUAGUCAAUGGGCAUGGUGAACUGGAACAGGCUACUUCAACUUCACUGGAUGCUGAUUUGGAAAAGGUGACAAACACAGACAAAACAAGGACAGAAAAUGAAUCCAUUGCCCCUGUUUUACAGAACUGUAAUGAUAUACCACCAAACAGUGUUGCUACAGUUUCUCAGUCGCCUUCGAAACCAAAUCAGUUAUUGGAGAAUACUUCAUAUGGCUUAAUUUCAACAAAACCUUAUGUUAGACCAUUGCCUCCGAGUUAUCUUGAUGAACGAUAUAUUAGCAUGCCAAAACGAAGAAAAAUGUUGACUGAGAAAGUAGAUUCCCAUUCAGAGCAAGAUAAAACUGGUAUCAAAUCAGAGAGAUUAAGAUGCAGCAAAUGCCUGACCACCUACUGUAACUCAGAAGCACUUCAGCUUCACCUUGCACAAAAGAAGUGUCGGACACUCUUUGGAUUCGAUUCAGAUGAUGAAAGUGCCUGAUCAAAUGCUGUAAGAAGACUUCUCAGUUUGAGGAGUGUGUGAUGGAACACUACAAUAUUCUGCAUCAGUUUGCUUUUCCCUUGUUGGCCUUAAUUAUAAAGAAAUUUGAAAUUACUAAAGAAAAUUAUGACCUUGUUCAGGUCAAAGCACACUUGGGUCAGAAUUAAAUGUUAGUAGGAACUGUGCAGAGUUUGGAUCCAGAAAAACUGUGUUAAAGCCCCCAAAGUACCAGUUAUCUAGAAGCCACAAGGUCCCACAUGAAAUCCCACUGUAGUAUGUUCAGAGUGCAAUAGCAUACUGAAUAGUUUUCAUGCUGAGUGGUAACUAUUUCCCUACAGAGAAAUGAAAGUGGUAUAUGCUCUUUUCUGACUGUGCAUAUUCAAAGGAACUUUGUCCGUUAUAAACAAACAGUUUAAGUGAAAUGUAUAAACUGUCAAUGGCUGUAUAAUUUUGAAGAAUUAAGUUCUGUUUGUAGAGGUUACUUAUUUGCGCUUUGGCAUAGCUUGUACUUUGGAAACAGAACAGGUGAAUGUACCAAAAGGUCAGAACUGGACAGUUUGACCUAGUAAAGAUGUUCAGGCAUGCAUUAAGAAUGAAAGCAUUCUCAGUCUGAUAUUCCCAAACAAAAAUAACACAGGCUCCAAAUUAAGGAUCAUAAAAACUUUUUAAAAAUGUAUCCUGAUUUUAUGAAUAAAAAGUACUUUAAUCCAUAAUUUGUAUAUGGAUUACUGAAUCUGAAAAACGACCUCAGAUUUGUUCCCUCACAUACAGUUUUUUUCGCAACUUGCUUUGAUGUUAUGUGCUGUAAUGUUUGAUUGAAUGAAAUGAUCCUGCAGAGUAAACAAGGGGUUAAAGUUUUCUAAUAGACUUUCAAAAUACAUUAAUUCAAACACAAUCAAUUCAAAAGCACUAAAAGAAACUGCCCUGCAAAAUCAGCAUCCGUGCUUGAAGCUGAGUAACAUCUGAAUUGAUAAAAUACUGAAUUUGUGAAAAAAACUGUAUGUGCUUUUACUGUGUUUUUCAAAUUCAGCACUCAAAAAAACCCAGCUACAGUACUGAAAAAGGUUUUUUCAUACCAAGCCUAUGUAAUUAAGUCAUAUUCAAAGAACAAUUCAGAUUCAGAUAAUACAGUACAUUCAAAUAAUUAAGCUACAUAGGAUGCACUAAGUUUCGUUUAAAAACAACAACAGCCUGAGGCACAGAGAAGAUCUGAAAAGAAUUCAUGCGCAGUGAGAACUAGAAUAUAUACCGUAUGUCAUAUUGAACAUAAAGUUUGAGGCAUAACAAUAAAUGCUCAUGUUGGGAAGGCCCCUGAAAUUUGGAGCAUACAACUUUUAAUUUUUGUCAGUUAAUGUGGCUGAUAACCUUGUAAAAUAUGGUUUCCUGUACUGAAGGUGUUAGGAUAAAGGAGGGAAAACAAGACUCACAAGACUGCCAAACAUAAGGAAUAAAAAUACCAGGCAAAACCAUAACUUUAUACCCAUAUUGUAUCACUAUAAGAAGAUAGCACUCAAGUUUCAUAAUGAAACACUUGCUUUUAAUUCUUAAAGAUUCUUAUAAAAUCUAUUGGUUCACAAAUCUCAUGGUAAAACAAAUUCCAGGAAUUCCUUUUGCAAAACUGCCUGUAAGAAUGACUUGCACCGUGCCUUGAGAGGUGAAGCUUUAAUUUCCUCACCCCUUACAUAGCAUAUGUAAAGGCAGAGGAUUCAAAUCCCAAAAGGCCCCAGUGAAUUUUCUUUGGAAAAGAAACCAUUGCAGAAGCUAUAACUCUCAUGAAAGGCAACAUGUUAAGAAGUCUUGGUUGUGUGUGUGUAGAGAUUUGGAUUCAUUAGGAUGGAUUUACAAAUUUUCCAAACCUGAAUGGUGAUGGUGUGUGAGAUAUUAAUGCGGUUUUGGCCAUUUCCAGCACAGUCCUAUACAUUUUAACUCAGAAGUAGAUCCUACUGAGUUGAAUGGGGCUUGUUCCUAAGAAAAUGGGUAUAUGAUUGCUGCCUUAAUUUUGUUGGAUCACUUCUAAAGAAACACACACCAUCACCACCACUGUUGCCUAAAAAUAUUAAGGUAUUAAAUUAUUCUGCAUUAAAACAAUGUUUUAGACUAAUUCUAGACUACUUUUGGUGUCUACAACACCAAAAAAUACUUCUAAUAGGCCUGCACAUUUAAGGUCAUAUUCAAGCUUGACUAUGCUAAUAUGUGAACAUUCAGCAUGAAAAUAACUCAAAUUAUAACAUGAAAAGCAGGCUUAUUUUCAUGCAAUUUUAAUAAUUUAUCCACAUGGAGCUCAAAACAAAAUUUGCACAAAGAUGGUACUUGGGUUCUUAGCUUUUUACCCCUGGUGUCAUUAGAGAUACAAAAUAGUCAUUUCUGUAUAUUUGUACCCAUGUACUAUAAGCAAAAGUUCUUAAUAAAAUUUCACAUUUUACAUUAAAAUGGGACUGGCUACCAAAUCUCAGUCAUUCACUUUGAUUUAAUUGCCAUCUACUUGAAAUCUAAUAUUAGUGAAGACCUUUUCUCCGGUUUUCUGUUCCUAAAAGUGAAAGUUGUGAUGAACAACAUUUAGGGCUUUAAUAUGUCCAUGGUCCAAUAUAUUAAAUUCAAUUUGGCUUCUGUGGAAAUUAAACUAUGUUCUCAAUUUUCAGUACUAUUCAUAUUCAGAUAUACAUGAGGUCUUCAUGUGUCUUGGCCCCUUUUUACUUAUGUUUCAUUGCUUGAGCUGCAUUUGAAUGAAAGAAUAUUCUGUGUUUGAGAACUUGGAAAUCUGCUUCAGUGGAAUCACACAGUUUACAAGUGUUUAAAAAAUAGACAGUAUCCUAUUAGAACUGGAUGGCCCUUGCGGUCUCUUCCAACUCUAUAAUUCUAGAAUGUCUCCCCUCCAUCUGCAUCUAGUGCAGAAUAGAUUCCCAUCACAGCCCCCAUAGCUACCCUAAAAUAUUCUAUAAUGGGAUAUGAAUCUUUCCAAAGCAAUUUGGUAAAAAUGGGCAUGGAUGAGCAGGAGAGAGGAAGGGUGACUUCUGUUCUGCAUGUGUGAAUGCCACCCUAUGAAUUAUUUCAUAUGCACAAUAUAAUUGAUUUGCUUUAAAAUGCAAAUUGAUUCUGUAGUGCACCAUAGCUGAAUCAUUGCUCUUAUGUGUUCUGAGUUGGUUUACAUUUCUAUCUUUUCAAUUUGAAAUUGUAUGCAUUUCUGACUCCUGUGCAUCAUUACAUGUUGAGUAUCCAAAAUUUGGGUCACAUUUAUAAGGCCCUUUCUCAGGAAUAAGUUCCCUUUGAAGCUGAUGAAUUAAUUCCCAAAGCGUGUGUGAUCACUUGAUUUCAUUGGCCUAUGGCAUAAAAACAGUUUUAAUAGAAAUUUUGUAUUGAAUAUGAUUUUCAGUUACAUUAUGAUCUAAUGUGCUAUGCCAUCACACAAGUGCUUAGGAUAAAUAAUACUAACGGAAACACUGUUAGAACAUCACAAAACAUGGUUUUUAUUUUAUUUCAAUUUUGGGGUUUUUUGCAUUACAAAUUGCAGGUGUAAAUGUGCCCGCCAUGAUACCACUUUGAACACACCUGAUCUUAUCUGAUUUCUGAAGCUAAGCAGGUCUUUAUUUGGUUAGUAAUUGGAUGGAAAAGUACCAGAAGCUCAAGGAAGAUCUAGGAAAGAAUCUGGUUUGAAACCCUGGCGAGAUAUUGCCACUCAGAUUGGAUAAUACUUGGUUAGAUGAGUCAAAGGUCUGACUUGGUAUAAGGCAGCUUCCUCUCUUUGGGGUUUCAGGUAUCCUAAGAUAGGUUUUAUUUCAAAAUAUUCAUGAUAUAUUAUUUUGAACAUUAAAAUUGCUUUUAAAGUAACCAGUAGUUGAAUAGAGUAGCAAGUCCAUUGAUGAGACAGUGGGCCAUCCCAGCACCAUUAUGCUUACUCUUGUACCCUAGAGGAAAACUUGUUGACUGUAUCCCUGGCUAUCUUUUUUCCUGGUUGUUGAAGACAAAUGCUGCUAUCUCUGCUGGGAAAAGAAAAAGUCGUACUGUAUUGGUAACUUCCAGUAAAUAACCUGUGUCCCUAUAAUGUCUGUUUCUGGACCCUUCCUGGCUUUAGGGAUGCAAAGGCUGAAACCACCAGAGGUGUUUAGAGAAGAUGCUCUCUCCCUUUCCCCAUCCCUUUAGUGUUCCAGUUUGGAUUUGCUGGGGCCAGAUCUUUUGCUCCAAGCGUUGGCAGGUGAUUAUUUGUCUGGUCACAUACUCUAAAGUAGGAACAAGCAAGUGUGGGAAGCUAUGUUUUUUAAUUAUUUUUCUCCGAACACAUUGUAGGGGCUGUUGAGAACAUUUUGGCCAUGAUUCUCUUGCCCUGGGCCAUCUAGGAGAAGCCUUUUAAAAAUACCCAAGAAGUUACUGGAAGUCACUUUCUGUUUGUUAAAAAGGGCCUCUCCUGAGCUUAGAAUGUCUCAGCCCCCCUGCCAUACUGUGAAAAUUCCUUCUAUGGUCUCUAGGGAGUAUUUGCAGGAUAGCUUUUGUUCCCCUGGGGGAACACAGAAAUGACCCCAGGGGUCACCCUAGCCCAUGGGCUGCAGUUUGCCUACCCCUGCCCUAGAGCAUACUCACUGAGAUGCAAACAUUGUCACAACGAAGCAAUAUUUACAUUUACGUGUACUAGAUUGCACAUACGUUCAGUCCAAAUAUAAAAGUCUGAGUUAAGGCAACUGAAAAUUUUAAAAUUUCUUCUUGUGGAAUGAUCUUCUAGCUUCUGCUGUUCUCUCUGCAGCCCUGCUCCUUGUGCAUCCCCAGGCCAUCUUCUGCUCAAAAGAGAAAGGUCACAGAACAGCAGCUGUUAGUACAAUACUUAUUAUCUAGAAAUGUACUGUGAAAGGUGCUAGUCUUUUUUCUCCCUCUUGCCCUCAUAUUGGAAGAAAAUGAGGGUGCUCAGCGCACGACAGCACUACUGGUGAGUUCAUUACUGUUUCUGUUUUCUCUUCCUUGUGGAUUAAAGCCAAGAAGAUAGUAUACCGGCAUCUUGUUUUGCUCACUUAGAAACGAGUUGUAGUAACAGGAGAAUUGUGUACCUUCCUAACAGGUGGACUACACAAGUAGCACAUUACAUGGCUUACUUCUAGUUCAAUGCCUUGUUCAAAUGUGACAUGAUAUGGAAAAACCACUGUUUGAAGCCCCUCAGUUCAUUCUGGCACCAACUGUGCUCAAAAUUAUCAAAGGUUUUUAGUUACUCCAAGAUAUCCUGUAGUAUCUAAAGUAGAUCCUGCACAACAUUUUCCAAGUCAGAGUCUUUGUAGAAUUUGAAAGGCUUCUCAAAAGGACAUUGACAAAUCUGUUGCCAUAUAUAUAUAUAUUUGCUUCAUCAUAAAGGUCAUGUAAACAUCUAGUAUUGCUCUGUGGGUAACCUUCCUCAGCAACCUGUUUUAUAGAACAAGGUGAAAAUGGUUAUCUGUGGGAAAGGUCACUGGUACUUUGGUUUAGCCAUAUUCACUAAACACAUAGAAGUUGUAUAGUUUGGAUCAUGUAUAACAAGAGCAGUACUCCUUGGUUAAUGCCUUGGGGUAAGAUGAAACUCUUAAAGGGGUGUUUUUUAAGAUUUAUUUUGUACUGUAUAAACACCUUGAUAAAAUGCAGUGGGUUGCAUUCUGGGACUCUCAAGUUUAAUUUGUAAAUGCUAUUAUAGGUUCAGCAAGUAAGGAAAUUUGUGCUUCCUUCUUGAAUGUUAAAUUAUUUUGCAUUUUAUAUGAGUACAAAUUGAAAACUGAGCCAUCAAACUGCAAUAAAUCAACAGUAGUGUUUCAUUUUAAACCUUUUGUAUUGUAAAUAGAAUUGUUCAAUAAAAUAUUGUCUGUUAUUAAAGAUGA